GGACGCAUCCCUUCGUACGCGGGUUUAGUGCGAAACCACACAAACCAAUGGAUCGUUGGCGGCAAAGAUGCUGAACCCGGGGCUAACCCACACCAGUGCUCAUUGAGACGAUCGUCCCAUUCGUGCGGCGCAUCCAUUAUUAGCGACCAGUGGGUCAUAACUGCCGCUCAUUGUAUUGAUGGAGCACAACCAACACAGUUGUCGUUACGCUGUGGCACCGACUUUCACGCCACCCCUGGCAUCGACUACACAAUCGCACAACUUAUACCACACCCCACAUACGACAGCUGGACACUAGACUAUGAUCUGGGUCUAAUUCGCAUUGCGGGCACAUUUAGUUUGGGCUCAAACAAUAUCAACAAAAUAGCGUUGCCAGAUCAAAAUGAAGAGUUGCCUGCCGCUGAUUUGGUCACAGUUACCGGUUGGGGAACGCUCACAGAGGGCGGAGCGUUGCCAGCCGUGUUGCAGACCGUCGACGUCCCGAUUGUGGCCAACGAUCUCUGUUCCCAGAAAUAUGACGGCUUUAAUGAUAUAACUGAGCGUAUGUUUUGUGCCGGUAUUGAUGCCGGCGGUCAGGACUCGUGUCAG